GCCGCCCCCCCCCCCCCCCAACCCCAUUUCCGGCGACCUGCUUCCACCAGGGCAGGAUCAGGAGCUCUCCCGCGGAUGGCGAGGCCCGCGCGCGCCCCGCUGCUCCGGCGCCUGCUCCUGCUGGCGGCCCUCGCGGCGUCCUGCUCCUACUACCUCCUCGUCCUCCAGGCGCAGGCCACGGCCCCGCCGCGCUACGACGGGUUCGCCUACGGCGGGGGCGCCGCCGCGGCGUGGAAGGACGCCGUCCUCGUCGAGGCAUUCCUCGACCCACUCUGCCCCGACAGCCGCGACGCCUGGAAGCCGCUCAAGCUCGCCGUCGAGCGAUUCGCGCCGCGGGUCUCGCUCAUCGUCCACCCCUUCCCGCUACCAUACCACACAUAUGCAUUCCAUGCCUGCCGUGCGCUUUACAUAGCUAACAAGCUGAAUUCAUCAUCAACAUAUCCAUUGUUGGAGCUGUUCUUCAAGAACCAGGAAAAAUUCUACAAUUCUGCCACAUCAUCUCUCUCGAGCCCUGCUGUAGCUGUAGAAAUGUCAAAGAUGGCCGCGAAGGCUGUAGGCAAUUCAGUAUCUGAGUUCCUCCAAGGCUUCAGCGAUAGGAGGACAGACUCGGCAGCUAGAGUUUCUUUCAAGUACGGGUGCACGAGGGGAGUCUUUGGCGCGCCGUUCUUCUUUGUGAACGGUUUCCUUCAGCCUGGGGGUGGGUCGCCUAUCGACUACAGCACAUGGAUCGGCAUCCUGGACCCCCUCGUUUCCCACCAGGGAGAAAGAAUCGAGAUGUUCACUUCUAUCUAAGUGCUUGAAGCGGCCUUACGAAGGAUACAGUAGUACAGAUGCUUGGCUCCGAGAGCCUGAGGGGCAGCCGCUCUGAUGUCAGUUGUGUGUAUGCUUUGCACUGAUCAAGUUCUUCAUAAGAAGCAUUCCGCUUCGCCUGUUGUACUUUAUUGUACUAUACCUAGCUAGCGAUUGUGUAAAACGCCUAGAAGUGGGAUAAGUACGGGAAGCCGCACGAUGUUUGUUCGAUCGA